UGGUAGACACCUAUUUGGUCUCUAUAUGCCUUUCAUGAAGGUCUAUUACCCAACUUGCGCGAAUACGAAAGUCAAAAGUAAGAAUUUGGACCGAAACUAGCUGCUUCCCAGUUCCCCGAUCAUGUGAUCAGCGCCAACCUUAGUUCAGCUCUGGGAUAGCCUGCAUAGCUUGCUGAUUUAAGCAAUUUGAAUGCGCGCACUAAGCCGCGAAAAUUAGCGGCGAAGCCCUCAGCAGACUGGGGUGUAGAGACAGCUGAGAAACCAGUUGUCCUUUCCCCAAGCUUCGCCGCUUUGUGCGCGCGUUCAAAUUGCUUAAGCCGCCAAGCUACGCAGUCUAGCUCUGGGGACGAGAAUGGGGUCGCGAAGUCAGAAACGGAGCGCGCCAUUACCUAGGAACGCCAAGGAAACAUAGUAAAUAAACAAGGGCAACCCUAAGAACAAAAGGAAAUUACUUUCGAAGGAAAGGAAAGGUCUCGAAAGAAAACAAGAAUUCUGCUUAAACUGGCAAACAGGGGUAAAUAGUUCCGUGAGGCAGGUCCCAAAUUAACCGAGAAAAAAUAAAUAACGUAACAGCUGACAAUGUGUGAGAAACUGGAGGUCAACAUGGCGUUUUGGAAGAUCUUCCUUUCUUUUCAUUUGUCUCUGUUUCAAAGUUAGUGAAAUGCUCUAUUUUAACGCGUAUAAAGUGACAAAAGAACUUAUGUGUUCUUUUGAAUAUAUAGAGAUGCACACAGACAAGACCAUAUCUCUGUCAUUAACACAAACAGGUGUCUAAAGUGUACCACAGGUUAAUAACACACCCGCGAGGCAAUAAGCGUCGAGGUUUAAAUAAUUCAUGAUAUCCUUUUUUCUUGCGCUAAGAUUUUAAUAUCGAUGACCUUUUUAUAGACAGCCGCGAGAAAUAGAAAAUUUUGGACCUUCUGGAAGAGCUUGUUCGGGGUGGAGUGCUGAGCGAUGCUAAGUAAAUUAAUUUGCCUUUGGACGCUGUUCGUUUUAUCUUUUGUUUUACUGGAAGGAGAGGGAAGCCCAGUUCCGAAAAGGAAAGCCAAUGCAAUAAAAGGUAAAAAUGGCUUGGUGAAAAGACAGUAUAUUUAUUAUCCACAAACGCAACUGAAUUAUGGCUAUUCGUAUCAGAGGAGCAAUGUGGCGCGCAGACGCCGCCCACAAACAGACAAGAAAGGAAACUGCCGAAGAGUAUGUCAGCACAGAUGCACUCCCGACUGCAACUUCAGAUGCUGUGUACCGCCCCCGGCCGCAGUUGCCCCGCAGCCUCUACCGCACCCAGUUGCGCCCGUAGAUUCUUGUGCCUCCUACUGCCCGAGCUCCUGUUUUCCUGACUGUAGUCCUUCUUGCUGCAAGCCGCAAGUCCCUCAACCAGCUUUGCCAAUGCUACCUCCCCCUCCACCACCCUGCCCAACCAGCUGCCCGACGUCUUGUUAUCCUCAGUGUUCGCAGAUGUGUUGCCAGCAGUCACCAGCCUUGGCACAGCUUUACAAGCCUCUAGCAAUCCCGCCACCUGUCACCCAGGGGCAAUGUCCCCAAGGCGAAUGCCCACAAGCAUGUUUUCCGAAAUGCUCACCACAGUGUUGUUCCUCAACCCAGAGCCCGCUUCUUGCAUCUCAGCCUUCUUUCCCGUUACAACCUCCACCUCCUCCUCUCGUUGCACCAGCCUCUCCACCCCCGAUAGUUAUCCCACUUCCACUUCCUAUCCCUCAAUGCCCGGCCCCUUGCUCCCCGUCUUGUCUCCCAACCUGCACCCCACAAUGCUGUGCAGCUGCCCAGCCGCAGGUGCAACCUCCAGCACCAUCUCCUCCUAUUAUAAUCCUUGAACCUCCCUCCGCCACACAGCCCCCGAAGCAGCCUCCUCCGCCUCCAGCGCCACAGCUGCAAACAUGCGCUGCUGCCUGCCCAGCAUCGUGCUUCCCACAAUGCAAUCCAUCUUGUUGCUCUCCACCAACAAUGGUGGUUCCACCUCAGCCUCCUCCACCCCCACCCCCUCAAACACUACCGUCUGUCGUGCCCCUUCCCCUUGGGCAAACUUGCCCGGGAUCAUGUCCCAACUCUUGUGCACCUAGCUGCAGUGCGGAUUGCUGUUGCAAGCCACGGUAUAAUCCUAAUGAUGUCAAAGGUCUUUUUCCACUAGAUUCCUCCCCAGAUUGCCCAGCAGGUAAAGACUGACCGUGCAAAAAAAAGUUUCAUCCAGUUUUCUGGUUGUGUAUCUUUUUAUUCGCUCAGUGUACUCUAACAUGCUUCGACCAAAAGUUGAAAGCGUGUUUUUAUACACACAUGAAGUGGCUCAGAGAACAGUCUUUGAAGAAAAGAUAGUUUCCACUCCCAUUCUUUGCACUGCAACCCAAGCAUUCUGAGGUCAAAUGUUGUUUCGUAUUCAGUUUUUGUCUUUUUCAUAGCUAAACAACGGCUUCGGAGGAACUUUACUCCGGAGAAGCGAGUAUCAAAACGACAAACUACGCUGUAGUGAAACGAGGAAGUAUCACGACUACUUAACGCAGUCCUUCUGGGUUAACCGUUACAGGAAAUUAUGACAAGUGCACUGGAAUAAUUAUUUGCUUAGCAAAGGUUUAUUUCUACUGUAUAUUGUGUGUAAAUAAAGUUUGUAGUGACAACUGAUGUAGUUUUAUUUGUAUUCUUCAAAUACCGAUCUACACUGGUCUUUGAGCCAGAUGGCCCAACAAAAAGAAUGGCACAGUUUCAGUUUUCAAUUUUUAUUAUUUUUGAAUUACGGCACUAUCCAGAAAUUUGUCCAAAACCUUUAUACUUUUAAGUACUGUGUAUUAACUCACAACCUAAUUUGAACUUUCCCUCUGGGUUGAAAGCGUCAUAUUUUAGAUACUAGCAGACAUCUCCCACCCUACCGCAUAAUUUUGUUGUAAAUAUGACAAUUGUAUAAAACCUUCUUGUCUCAGCCGCAAGUCGCCCUCAAGUAAACUAUUUAAAUUAUUGUCACCAAAAACCGACUAAAAAGGCCAAUUGGCAUAACAUUUGUUAGCUCAGGCCUUACAGUUACAUAUAAAAAAUAUUUCUCUAAUGUUUCCCUGUUAAUAGCGAGUUGUAGCAUUACAGGAGCCAACCGCUAGCCCAAGUCAACCUCGAGUCACGAGUAAACCUCGAGUCAAUCACGAGUCAAGCCAGUUUUUGUAAAUUUUUUCAUUUGUCCCGAACAAAAAAAAAAAA